AUGACCGCAAGAGAAGACACACAGAAACCGUUCGCCGCAUCCCCUUUCAAUGAUUCAAAAGCAGAUUUGAUACUGCGGUCUUCUGAUGGGGUAUAUUUUUGCGUCUACAAGCUCCUCCUCUCCCUCGUAUCUCCCGUCUUUGCCACCAUGUUCGAGUUACCGACCGAUGGGAUGCAGGAAAUGUAUGACAAUCGCAUCUGCAUUGGAGUUGAUGACAAUAAUGAAACGUUGUCGCGGGUACUUCCGUGGUGCGACCCGAGGUGUAUUUCGGCCAUCCAAUCUCCCAAGGAUGUCGAGAUCAUUUUGCGAGUCUCGGACAAGUACGACAUGGAGCCUAUCAAGAAACGCUGCGUGCGUGCUUUGGAAUGUUCGCCUGGCAUAUUCACGCCAGAAAAUUCCUUUGAGAUCUACGCUCUUGCGAUUCAGUACCAAAUUUCACACUUGGCCUGCUUAGCAGCGAAGAUGACAUUGCACCUCGAGUUGGAAAAGCGCCCCUAUUUUCCCGCACUGAAGUCCAUACCUGCCUCUGCGCUCUACCACUUGGACUUCUAUCACAUUACUUGCGGCAAGGUGGCUCAGAAAGUCAUCGAGGACGAAUUUUCGGUUCCAAACAAUUUAUUUGGUCAGGGGUCGGGGACAGUUGGAUGUUGUGGAGUCGAAGGUGUGGCAAGGGGAAACUUGGGUUGGAAGUUCUGGGCUGUUCAGCACAUGGAUCGCAUCUCAGAGAAGUUGCGCAAGACACCCGUUUCCACCGUUGUAGUCGACCCCAAGCUCCUCGUUGAGACGCAAGGAAGGACCAGUAGUUGUUCAGCGUGUAGGGGGAAUACCAGUCACGCCGAUCUACAAAGAUUCAAUCAAUCACUGAUGGAUAAAGUGGAACAGGCGAUAUCGAAGAGAAAAGGAUCUUAUGUGGUUCGUGCCAGAAUUGUGCUGAUCCACCAUGGCUUCCCUGCACUACGCUCACACAGGACGAAUGCCGAUCUGGCGUCUACUAAAUGUAACGCCAAUAUGUAUCAUUCGCUUAAGCUUGCCCCUUCAGAUUUUCUUACAACAAAGAGGGGAAAACUGGACUAA